AUGAAGACCAAGUUCUGUAACGGCGAGACCGACCCUUCCCCGCUCGGGCUCCUCCUGGGCUGCAGCUCCGGCGGGGGCGGCGUCGUGCUCCCCGCCGCCGGGCAGCCCCCCUCGCCGCUGGCUCACGCCGACCCCGAGGGGAAAGGCCCCGUGGCGGCGGGCAGAGGCGGGGGCGCCACGACCCCGCCUUCCGCGCUGCUGCCGCCGCCGCCUGAGGAGGAGCCGCCGCUCGACCCGCGGACGCGGCGCAAGGCGUAUCUGUGGUGUAAGGAGUUCCUGCCGGGGGCCUGGCGGGGGCUGCGGGAGGAGCAGCUGCGCAUCAACCCCAUCAGAGGUGGCCUCAGCAACAUGCUGUUUCAGUGCUCGCUACCUGAUACCAUUGAGACAGUUGCAGAUGAACCACGGAAAGUUCUCCUGCGCUUAUAUGGUGCAAUCCUGCAGAUGAGGUCCUGUAAUAAAGGAGAGUCUGUACAGUCUCAGAAGGAAAAUGACUUGCAAGGGGCAGAAGCCAUGGUUCUGGAAAGUGUUAUGUUUGCCAUUCUUGCGGAGAGAGCUCUUGGCCCAAAGCUGUAUGGAAUUUUUCCACAAGGGCGACUGGAGGAAUUCAUUCCCAGCAGGAAACUCAGUACUGAAGAACUAGGCUUACCUGACAUAUCUGCUGAAAUAGCUGAGAAGAUGGCUAGAUUUCAUGGCAUGAAAAUGCCGUUUAAUAAAGAACCUAAGUGGCUUUUUGGAACCAUGGAAAAAUAUCUAAAUCAAGUGCUGAGGAUUAAAUUUACCAGAGAAUCCAGAACUAGAAAACUGAACAAACUCCUCAGUUACAAUCUCCCCCAGGAAAUGAAAAAUCUAAGAGCUAUGCUUGAAGCUACUUCAUCACCAGUUGUAUUUUGCCACAAUGACUGUCAAGAAGGGAAUGUCUUGCUUCUAGAAGGCAGAGAGAAUUCAGAAAACCAAAAGCUGAUGCUCAUUGACUUUGAAUACAGCAGCUAUAACUACCGAGGAUUUGACAUUGGAAAUCACUUCUGUGAAUGGAUGUACGAUUACACGUAUGAGAAGUACCCAUUCUUCAAAGCCAGCGUUCUUAAAUAUCCUUCGAAGAAGCAACAGCUUCACUUUAUCUCCAGUUACCUGUCUGCAUUCCAUGAUGGCUUUGAAAAUCUGAGCAAUGAAGAGAAGUCCAAACUAGAAGAAGAAGUGUUGAUAGAAGUUAACAGGUUUGCCCUUGCAUCACACUUCUUCUGGGGUCUGUGGUCUAUUAUACAAGCAAAGAUCUCAUCCAUUGAGUUUGGUUACCUGGAAUAUGCGUUAUCCAGAUUCGAUGCUUACUUCGACCAGAAGAGGAAGCUGAAGGUGUGAGUGUGGGAGGAGUGGCCUGUUGGUUACUGUACGAAGAGGGCAGCUGGACAGAACUUACACUGUGCUUAGGCUACUGUAUCUCUAACGAAGGUGUCACUGAAUUCCAGUUCCUUGGAACGCAGGUGUACAGUACUGAAGACUGUAUAAAAAUUACUUGUUUACAGUUUCGUAAAUACUUGGAAUGAGAUUGGGAGGCAAAAGUAAAAUACAACAGUGCAAUAUCUUUAAAUUUUUUUGAUCUAGAAGGUAUUUUAUAUUAUGGGAGAAGCUUACAAUUACAUGUCCAUACCACAUGCAUCAGAGCAAACAGUGUUACUGUGAGUAUGUUUUCUAGGGGCGUGUUGGCACUAUGGUUUAUGUUGUAUGUGGAACAGUUGUAAAAGAUGAUUCAUUGUAGACACUGCCUCUUUAAUGAGAAGGGAAAGCAAAGGAGACAACUGUUAAACUGUGAAGUAGGCUUCAAAUCUUAACUGUGAGAUUUAGGUUCAACGUGCCCCAUGAACACUAUCUUCAAAGCUGCUGAUAUGUUACACCACUUUAACCAUAAAGCAACUGAACACUUUGAAGCAGUAUGCUUUAAAGUGUUGUCUACAUAUACAUGAAUGUUUCUCUUAAGCUGGUGUGCCUGUGAAGUGAAGUAUGAAUGAACUUUGAACUGGACAUUCUGACGGAGUUUGUCUCGAACUGUUCAUUCCGUGUCCUUCAAGAACAUGCUUUAGCCCAGCCUGGUUGUCUCUUAAAAUGUUGUGUCCUGCACAGGGGGUUCUGUGGGCUGGCAGCACUGGGAAGAGUGCCUUGAAUUGCUCUAGCAGCUCCCCAGAGAACUGGAUUGGCCUUGACAGUACUUGCAGUUGGAGCCCGUCUCUCUUCUUGUGUUGCCACAGUACAUGGUUGUAAGAAAUAGUAGAGCCAAAGACUGCGGAGAACACUUGAGGAAACGGCUGUUCUGCCCAUCUGAUGCUUAUGUGGCUUGGGAGGUGCUUUCCUUGCACCUUCAAUUUUCAUUAUGUUCCAGCAAUCCAGUAAAGUGGAGUGUCUUGUGGGGAACAAUAAUGUGUAUAUUGAAACUUGAGUAUAAUCUGUGUACAUGUCAUCUAAAGAUUUCUUUAGAUUUUUGGGAGCUUGUUUAUUUUGAAUGUUACUUGGUUGUGCUUUCUAACACACUGUAUUAUAAAUAAUAAACUUCUAAGUCUACCCUU